ACACUAAUUUUUAUUCCCCCUCUACCGCUCUCUGUUCAUCAUAAUCUCCAUUCUGCCACACCGCUUGGUUGAAUUUAAAUAUCGUCAGUACUAAUUUUGACAAGUCGAAAUUUUCCUUCUCGUCACGUGAUCGCCUGAGUGAUCGAAUUAGGGUUCCCAAUUUGUAUUCGGUGAUUUGAAUUAUAGUUUCGUGGAAGAAGAUGGGGAGUCCGGAGAAGGGUCAGAGCUCGGGAGGGUUCUUCGCGGCCAUGACGUCGGGGCUAUCGGCCUUCAGCAACGCCAUGCACAGAUCCGUCAGCGGAGUGCGUGCCCAGGAUGGUAUGCAAGUUAUAAAUCCUGAAGGAGGAAAAGAAGAUGCAGAAGAGGAAGCUCAGAGAGGAAGAUGGAAAGAUGAGGAGCGAGAUAGUUACUGGAAACUCAUGCAAAACUAUAUUGGUUCUGAUAUUACAUCAAUGGUGACUCUUCCUGUCCUCAUAUUUGAGCCAAUGACCAUGCUUCAGAAAAUGGCAGAGUUAAUGGAGUAUUCUUACCUUUUAGAUCAAGCAGAUAAAUGUGAUGAUCCCUACAUGCGGAUGGUGUAUGCAUCUUCUUGGGCUUUAUCUGUUUAUUAUGCCUACCAACGUACUUGGAAGCCUUUCAAUCCAAUUCUUGGCGAGACUUAUGAAAUGGCUAACCACGGUGGGAUUACUUUUCUAUCAGAGCAGGUCUGCCAUCACCCCCCAAUGAGUGCUGGCCAUGCUGAAAAUGAGCAUUUCGCAUAUGAUGUGACAUCUAAGCUGAGAACUAAAUUUUUAGGCAACUCACUUGAUGUCUACCCUGUUGGAAGAACACGUGUGACUCUAAAAAGAGAUGGUGUUGUUCUGGAUUUGGUUCCUCCUCCUACCAAAGUCAACAACUUGAUUUUUGGACGAACCUGGGUGGACUCAUCAGGAGAAAUGAUUAUGACAAAUUUGACAACAGGGGACAAAGUUGUUCUAUGUUUUCAACCUUGUGGUUGGUUUGGAGCUAAUAGAUAUGAGGUAGAUGGAUAUGUCUAUAAUGCUGACGAGGAACCUAAGAUACUUAUGACUGGAAAAUGGAGUGAAUCCAUGUGUUAUCAACCAUGUGAUCUGGAAGGGGAGCCUCUUCCUGGCACUGAACUCAAGGAGGUGUGGCAUGUUGCAGAUGUUCCACCAGAUGACAAAUUUCAGUUCACCCACUUUGCACACAAAAUAAACAGCUUCAAUACUGCACCCAAGAAAUUGUUGGCAUCAGAUUCACGUUUACGCCCUGAUAGGUUGGCUCUUGAGAAAGGAGACCUCUCCAAGGCUGGUGCUGCAAAAAGCAGUUUGGAGGAGAGACAGAGAGCUGAAAAGAGAAACCGAGAUGCAAAGGGUGAUGAUUUUGUCCCAAAAUGGUUUGAUCGAACUGAGGAAACUGUUGCUACACCGUGGGGUGACUUGGAAGUAUACCAUUACAACGGCAAGUACACAGAGCAUCGGAACACUGUCGACUCAUCAGAUGCCAUUGUUAGCGAAGAUGUCCAGUCAAUAGAAUUUAAUCCGUGGCAAUAUGCUGAUUUAUCGGAAUGAGGAUUAUGUUGCAUUUGGUAUAUACUUUUGCUGGACAAGGUUUUGUGUGCGAUAGAAUUAAUCCGUACUACUCCAUAUUUAUAGUAGUGACUAUGACUAUUCUAUUGUAGAUGACCAAUGUUUGGCAUUUUAAGCAGUACAAAUCCACCAGUUUAACUUUAA